GUGCACUUUGAGAGCAGUGCUACAGCUCUACAACAUGCUGGGCUCUUUGGUCCUGGUUUGGAUUUUUAUCUGCAUCCUCUUCCUCUUCAUCCGGAUCCAGAGGCCUAAAAACUUCCCUCCUGGACCCCGGCCUGUGCCUAUAUUCGGGAACCUCUUUCAGCUCAACAUUGCCAAUCCCCUGAAGGACUUUGAGAGGUUUGCUGAGCGCUAUGGGAACGUUUACAGUGUUUAUUUUGGAGGAAGACCAACAGUGGUUCUUACUGGAAUGAAGGCUUUGAAGGAAGCUCUGGUGACCAAAGCUGCAGACUUUUCAGGACGGCCUCAGAACAUCCUCAUCAGCGAUAUAAGAGAAGGAAAAGGAGUCAUAUUAGCUGACUAUGGUCCUGCUUGGAAGGAGCAUCGACGCUUUGCCCUCACGACUCUGAGGAACUUCGGCAUGGGGAAGCAGUCUAUGGAGGAGAGGAUUCUGGGAGAGACUGAACACCUUGUUGCACGUUUGGAGAAAGGUUCUGGAGGCUUCGUGAAUCCUCAGACUAUGUUCCAUGAAGCUGCUUCAAACAUCAUCUACCUGGUGUUAUUUGGCACUCGUUUAGACUAUGAGGACGCCACUCUUAAACAAUACUUUCAGCUCUUCACUGAAAAUUUCAAGAUUGCGAAUGGACCUUGGGGAAUGAUCUAUGAUACGCUUCCUAUGAUGAGAACCUUGCCACUUCCCUUUAAGAAAGUCUUCAAAAAUUACUACACAACUGAGAAGCUAGUAGGAGAUAUGAUCAGCAAACAAAAGGCUUCAAGAGUCUCAGGAGAGCCAAGGCACUUUGUGGACUGUUAUCUGGAUGAGCUUGAAAAGAGAGGGGAUGAUGGAUCUUCUUUUGAAGAGGGACAACUCCGGAGAUACAUUAUGGACCUGCAUAUUGCUGGAUUAGAGACCACCUCCAACACCCUGCGAACAGCGUUCCUCUACCUCAUGGCAUAUCCACACAUUCAAGCGAGAUGUCAGCAGGAGAUUGAUGAGGCUCUGAAGGAUAAAGCUCAAGCAUCUUUUGAGGACAGACACAACAUGCCGUACACUCAUGCUGUAAUCCAUGAAUGUCAGAGAAUUGCCUAUACUGUUCCGACUGCAUUUCACUGCACCAGCAGAGAUACUGAACUGAUGGGCUACAGCAUCCCAAAGGGUACCUUUGUCAUGGCAAACCUCUCCUCAGUGCUGAGUGAGGAAGGACAAUGGAAGUUUCCUCAUGAGUUUAAUCCAGCUAAUUUCCUGAAUGAGGAGGGACAGUUUGAGAAGCCUGAGGCCUUCCUGCCUUUUUCUGCUGGACCCCGUGUGUGUCUUGGUGAAGGCCUGGCUCGUAUGGAGCUCUUCCUCAUCUUGGUCACUCUGCUGCGCCGCUUCCAGUUCUUCUGGCCUGAAGAUGCAGGAGAACCGGACUUCACUCCUGUAUAUGGAAUCACAGUCAGGCCCAAACCUUACAGGAUGGGAGUCAGAUUGAGACAACCAGCUAGAGAAAUGUAAAAAAUAAGUAGAAGAAGAUCAGAUUAACAAUAAUAAAGAUUAAACAUGGAUAUCCGUUG